AUGACAACAUCGACAUACGAGCUAACAGACUUGUGUUUGCGUCUGUGCUCAAGCGAAAUCAACAUGAAGCGUACAUUUUCAAAUGAUGAAUUUGAUGCCAAUGGCGACGGCAUCAGCACCUUAAAUUCUCAAAUACCUGAUAUCGCAAAAAAAAGCCGUUCAGAACCUGCAUUGCCUUCCCGUGUUGUUCACGUAAGAAAUAUUGAAGCAAGCGAUCUUGAAGUUGUUCAACUUGGCCUUCCAUUCGGUCGAGUAACAAAUUUUUUGAAUCUACGUAAAAAAGCACAGGCUUUUCUCGAAUUCGAUCUAACGGAUUCUGCUAAACAAAUGGUUGAUUAUUUUUCCUCGGCACCAGCUAUGCUCAAUGGUCGACAAAUCUUCGCACAAUUUUCCAAUCAUGGAGAGCUUCGCACUGAUCCAACAAAUCGAACUAAUCAACAAGCACAUGUAGCAUUGGCACAAGCAACUGAUCUCUAUGAAACAGCGCAAAAAGGCGGACCGAAUUGUGUCUUGCGUGUUAGCAUCAUGAACAUGUUAUAUCCUGUUACAAUCGAUGUUUUGUACCAAAUUUUUGGCAAAUUUGGUACUAUCUUAAAAAUCAUAACAUUUACUAAGAAUGAUAAAUUCCAAGCUUUGAUCCAAACGAAAGAUCCUAAUGGAGCUGCACAAGCAAAAUUGCAACUACAUGGUCAAAACAUUUACAAUGGUUGUUGUACACUUCAAAUUGAAUAUUCGAAACUACAUUCACUGACCGUCAAAUUUAACAAUGAUAAGAGUCGAGACUAUACCAACCCGACUUUACCAGCAGGCGAAGGUCAUGCAUUACAACAGCAACAUGAUUUAGAUCGUAUGCAUUCAAAUCCUAAUCUUCUUUCAUUACAAAGAUCAGGUUCCAAUGAAGACUAUCGUUACGAUUACUACGGAGCUGCUGCUGGUCGUGGUAGGCCACCGUCAACACCUGGCACACCCAGUUAUGACAUGCAAGGUAUGCGACAAUAUUCAAAAGAGGAAAACAAUUCUAUUCCUCGGUAUUUAGGUGGUGCUAGUCAUUUGAUGAGUCCAUUACAACCUCCAUCAAAUGCCUAUGGUUCAGUGCCAGGUGUUCCACCUCCUCCGUCUCCAUACGGUCAUCCAUAUGGGUCUGCUCAUCAUCAAAUUUCACCUAUGCAUGGAUUACCACAUGGUCAUGCGUCUGCCGCCAGUGCGCAUAUGCAUGCUCUUCAUCAACAAGCUCAACAACAAAAUCCACACAUGAUGUCGGUUCAAAACGGUCCAGUUAUAUUAGUAUCGAAUUUGAAUGAAAACAUGACGACUCCAGAGUCUUUAUUCACACUAUUCGGUGUCUAUGGUGAUGUGCAUCGGGUAAAGAUCUUAUUUAAUAAGAAAGAUUCCGCAUUGAUUCAAUUUGCCACGCCACAACAAGCACUUGUUGCCCAUCAGAAUCUCGAUCAUAUAAAUAUGUUCGGCAAACAAAUUAAAGUUUCUUUUUCCAAACAUCAAUUCGUCCAAAUGCCUAAAGACGGCUCUUCGGACAUGGGUUUAACGAAAGAUUUCACGAAUUCUCCAUUACAUCGAUUCAAAAAGCCAGGCUCGAAAAACUACAAUAAUAUUCACCCGCCUGGAAAUGUUCUUCAUCUAUCCAAUAUACCAAGUGAAACCACCGAAGACGAGAUUCGAAACAUAUUCUCUCAAUAUGGUACUAUCAAACGAUUCAAAUUCUUUGAAAAAGAUCACAAAAUGGCAUUGAUCGAAAUGGAUACCAUUGAAGAAACGAUUGCGGCGUUGAUUAAUACCCAUAACUAUCGUCUAGCUGAUUCCAUGCAUCUUCGUGUUUCGUUUUCCAAGAGCAAACUGUAA